GAUUUCCUGCGUAGCAGUCACACAACAGCGGAAAAUCAACAAGGGCGAAGAAGGAAACACACCUGAUCCACCCAUUCACUUCUCGUUCAUUCACAAACAGUGUUGCCGUUGACAAUGAAUGGACGGGACGGGACGCUUUACUAUCGUUUACUAUGCCUAGUAAAACGCUGGAUGAGAGUUGUGGUGGGAGGGGUGGAGUAGCUAGAUUGAAUGGCGGGAUUCGGUCCGCUCAUUUAGUCGCAUUACAGCAUCCAAGACUUCUUAAUGCGCGAAAAAAAUCCCUUGCAAGCAGCCGCCUCGCAAACCACCAUUCAAACCUACUGCCUUCUUCCCAGUUCCCGCUCUUUUGAACUUCCCCGACCCCUCCAAUAUUCCUCAUUCUUCUUCCUGUUAAUUCAUUGGCCAAAUCGCCUUAUGCCUUCCCAUGUCUGACCUGACUCCCUCCUCGGCAUUUGCUCUUCUGCUCUCAGCCGAUGUCUGACCUUCGUCAACCGUUCGCCGUACCUGUCAUUAACGAUGGAAAAUCCCUGUUUCCUGGUAGAAGAUCCUAACUCGAGUUGGUUUUUCAAAAUAAUGCACCGGAACAACGCCGCCAACGCGUCGCCGACCGGCGUGCACAAUCAAACCGUACCGAACAACGAAAACAAGAACAAUGCGAACAUCGAUUAUCGUCUGAGCAACGACGGUUUCGUCUGUCGCCUGCCGACUGUCUCCACAGCGGACGACGGUCGCUACGCGGAGAAGCGGGAGAUCUCGAUCAUCUACGAACCGAGAGGCGUCGCGCCGACACCCGCGUCGAAAGCGACGCCCCCGCCUGCGACCGCGAAUGAGACCAAACUGAAGAAGGAGUGGUGUCCGUCUGGCUGGCGGCUGGAGCUGGCUGACCAUAAGCACGCUCCCACCGGCAGGAAAGUGGCCACUGUCUUUUGUGCUCUGGCUCUUUCUACCGUCAUCACCCUACUCGCCACUGCCGCUGUUGUCUAUAUUCUGCGCACAGUUCAUACGUCGUCAGUGAACAGCACGAAACGCAGCACAUGGUUCGGUGUCGUGAUGGUGAAUGGAGAAUUUAGAAUCACGAAUGAAGUAUUUAGAAAUACGCUCUCAAAUCAUGAAACGCUUGACUUCCAGCAUUUGUCUUCAAAAAUCAGCUCUGAGCUGGACAAUUUGUUUGGGAAGAGCGUUCUGUCGGAGGACUACCACUCGUCUGUGGUGACGGCGCUGGAGCCAGGCCUGAAGGUGCACUGUUGGCUGGCCUUGCGGCCGUCCUCGCAGUUCAUGCCAGGCCGCGUCGGCAUGGCCUUCCUCGGCGGCCUUCACCACCAGCAUGGCAAUGCCUGGCUCGGAAACUACACCGUCGACAUACAGUCCAUCGGCUUCGAAUCGAAAGUGGAAGAAAUAGCUUGGUCGAACUGGUCGGACUGGAGUGAAUGCAAGGUGCUGCCAGGAGGGAGAAGAGUGCAGGUGCGUACACGCAACUGUGUGCUGCAGAGCGGUCUGCACCUGAGCCGAGCUGAUCCCUGCUAUCUGCUCGACAACCAUCCAAGUGUCGACACCAUCGACUGCCUGCCUCCUGUCGAUCACAACACGACACCUCCCAUCGAACAAACGCCCACCACUGAGACUCGAGUCUACAACAAACCACACACUGAUGCAGUCAAGAGCACCGACAAGCAGCGAGCCAAUCCACUCACAUCCACUACAUUGUCUGCUCUUCUCAGAGAUAAUAAAUAUACCAGGGAAAAUUCGAUUCCCAAGGUCACAACUGAGGAACCACUACCGGCAUCCCAAAAUUAUUCAACAUAUGAGAAGAGACAAUGUGGUUUGUGUGUUGGUGGCGAGGUAUGCGUUGCUGUGAGGGAUGAUCCUGUGCCAUACUGCCGAUCUAUAGUUGAUUAUAAUGAUCCGACUGGUUGUGGAGGUCAUUGCAAAAUCAAUGUAGAGCUUUGCCAGAGACUACAGAAAGACAUCUAUAGGUGCGUUGAUGAUUCUCAGUGCCUGGAAGAUGAAUGGCAAUGUAGUAACAGACUAUGCAUUCCUAUAUCGAAACGAUGUGAUGGAUAUUUCAACUGCUACGACAACACAGACGAAUUCGAUUGUGAUUGCAAUUUGAAAACACAUUUCCAUUGUGGGAAUUUGCUGUCAUGUUUACCAAACAGUAAGAAGUGUAAUGGAAUCGUUGACUGUUGGGAUGCUUCAGAUGAAUUCAAUUGCACUAAAGAUUGCCUGAGCAGUGGCCAAUUCACAUGCAACGAUAGCCAGUGUAUUGCCAGCAAUCAGUUCUGUGAUGGAUUUCCGGAUUGCCUCGACCAGUCGGAUGAGCCGAAAGGGUGUGGCGGAGAAUGCAACAACAAUGAGUGGAAAUGCGGGAAUAAUAGAUGCAUACCGAAAAGUGAUAUCUGCAAUGGCUUCGACAACUGUGGAGAUAAUUCGGAUGAGACGUCAUGUGGCAAUGUCAGUUGAGGAUCCUAUUAGAUUUAAGAAUUCAAGCCAAAGUAAAUUUAUAUACCAUUACGGUACUUAACUGAUUAUUGUAAAUAUUCAAAUACUGUAUCUACACAAAUUAUUUAUGAAUGUUUAUCGAACUAUGAAUAGAUUAACUUUUAAAAACUGUAGCAUCAUCAGGCUCAAAUUGAAUAGUAAUCAGUCUUCCUUGGAGUACAUUCAAUUUUACUUUCUUUUAUAGUCUUCUUAACUUAUUUGUACGGCGCAUUUAUUGCCACUAAUCAUUGUGUAAUCUAUUUGUACAUAAUUUGUAAGAUAAAGAUAUUUAUAUGAAAAAUGUAAUACAUGUAUGUAGAUUGAAAAGUUAUGAAUUAUUAUAAAGUUUACUUAAUUAUUAAUUUAUAAUUAAGAUAAGAAUUGAAAGUAUUAGUAAACUAUAAGAUAGUUACAUGAAUGUAUUAGAAUUGUCAUUGAAAAUAAAGUGAUACUUUUAUAGAAA